ACCAUCUCCGCCUUUGACCUUGAACUCGAGGUCAAAAUGACGGCGGCACCCCCCGGAGGCGGAUCAUUUUUCAACACCCUCUUUCGAGAGUCGAGUGUUGAGCUAGAAAAGGUGAAACCUUCCGUGAGAUCGCGAGAAGAGAUCGCGUCCGUUGCUGUUCUUGAUGGUGGUGACCCCGGCGAGAUAGGGUCGCUUUCUUAUUCGGUUCCGUCCCCAAAUAUAGCCAUUGGCGAUGGCGAAAUUGAUGCUGGGCUGCUCUUGCGUUCGUCCCAGACCCGGCCCGAACCCCAUUCGGCUCUGGCCGCGCAGGUGGUGAAGAUCGAAGAGGAAGAGGAAGAUGAGGUGGUGGCGGUCAUUGCUGAUCCCAGGGAGACUGCCGCCGUAUCGCCAUCGUGCUCAUUGCAGGCAGCAGCGGAUGAAGUGGCGAGACCAAUGCAGGGGCUGGGGGAGGCAAGGCCAGCACCUUUCCUGAGGAAGACGUACGAGAUGGUAUCGGACCCAAGUACGGACCCGGUGGUGUCGUGGAGUUUGAGCCGGGGCAGCUUCGUGGUGUGGGACCCACACGAGUUCUCGAAGCAGGUCCUGCCUCGAUACUUCAAGCACUCCAACUUCUCCAGCUUCAUCAGGCAGCUCAACACUUACGGUUUUAGGAAGAUCGAUAUGGAUCGAUGGGAGUUUGCAAACCAAGGUUUUCAGGAAGGAAAAAAGCACUUGCUGAAGAACAUAAGGAGGAGAUGCAAACUCAGCGAUCAUAUGAAAACAUCAAGUAGUACAGUUGCUUCUGAUUACCCGGAGGCUGGAAAGGAAGCUGAACUUGAAAUGCUCAAGAAGGACCAGGAAGGGUUGAAGGCCGAGAUCCUGAAACUAAGAGAAGAGUGGGAGCACUUGCAGCAUGAGAUCAACCAGGUCGCCUGAGCGGAUUCGCUAUGCCGAGAGCAUGUAUCGGCG